UAGAUCUUGGUUUGUGUCGAACUCUCGAUUGUGUUUUUGUGUUUUAUCUUGUUUGGGACAGAAAGUGAAGUCGGACGGUGAAUUUAUUAUUUUAUUUCAACGAUUGAUUUCAAUGGUGGACAUUUCUAAGUUUGUUUACUCCGAAUUGUUAGACACUGAAAAGUUCUACGGUAAUCCGUUUUGCAAGUGCGAUAAGAAAAUGGCUUGUACCUGUAAUGGCAAGGAGAUAACUUGUUACGACUGGUGUUGGGACGCGGAAUCAGCGACUGCAUCAACAGUGCUGCGUCGAAACAACCUGGAGGUGCACUUCCACCCGUCUUACAGCUCGGGCACGGCCGCAGUGCGGGGCAAUCGCCCGCUGCAGCAAGGCAAUGUCUACUACUGGGAGAUCAAGAUGCUGACGCCCUUGUAUGGCACUGAUGUGAUGGUUGGAGUUGGCACCAAGAAGGUGCAAUUGGAUAAGUACGCUCAUCAAUUCUGCAGCCUCAUGGGAUCUGAUGCCGAAUCUUGGGGUUUCUCUUAUACUGGAAGCCUGCAUCAUAAUGGAAGGGUUGAGUCGUAUGGGCCUCCCUUUGGAAAAGGCAGCACUAUUGGUAUCUACCUGGACAUGUGGGAAGAUACUUUGGAAUUCUUCCUGGACAGGCGACCGCUGGGGAUUGCAUUCCAGUCACUACGCGCGUGCGAACUGUACCCGAUAGUGUGUUCGACAGCUGCGCAGAGUGCAAUGCGCAUCACGUGUUGCAUUUCGCAGCCGGUCAGCCUCAAAUUGCUGAGUCUGCGCGCUCUGAGCACCUACGAGGAGAGCUUUCGGUACCUGCUCGACGUGCCUGGCCUGAGGAAGUAUAUUGCUGACUCUUGGUGGAUGCCUGUCGUAACUCGCAGCCAGAAGAUCUCAGACGAGGUGGCUCGCGAGGACUAUCUGCGCGCUAAAAAGAAACUGAAGGACGAUGUGGAUGGGGCAGGUGGAAGCUCUACAGCUGCAGGAGCUGACUGCGGUCUACCGCCUGCGGCUUCUUGCGGAAGGUUCGUCGUUAAGCGCAAGUCGCGCCCCCAGGAGCCUCCGUCGCUGCCCUUCACCUGUUCCCUGUGACUACUGGCCGAGCCUUGGUCCUCGCAUCUCAUUGGCUCACCUCGCGCAUGCGCAUCACUCACCUUCCCCCACCACCACUACCGUCACCACCCCUCCUCCUCCCUACUCGAUGUGUUCCUGCCCCCCAGCCAUAGUUGUAGUUGUGUUGUCGUUGUCGUAAUCACUUGGUGUUGUAUUUAUCUUACUUUUUUCAUCGUUCUAACCUCAAUUCUCAGACACUUGUCUGCUAUUAAUCACUAUUCUGAUAGCACUACUAGUAGUUGUAGUAGUAUCGUCUUGCAACGCUCCCUAGUGUCGUUAUAGGAGUUCAUUACACUCAGAUAAUUUUUUUGCCGUUAUUUUUAUUGUAUUAUUAUGAUUAUUGUAAUCAUUAUUAUUAUCAAAUGGUGGCGAGCGCCGAAAUGAUAAAGGUAUAAUCUGUUUUGUACUCCCAACUCUGGAUUUAGAUAUAGGAGCCUGCUCUAUAGACAUUUAUAAAACUUGUAAACGGGGACAGCUCACAGCUCACUAUAAGCUGUGUUCAAAUAAUUAGUGUUAUUCAAUUUCAUUAGUGAAAUUAUUAGUCUAAAUAAAAUGAGUUGAGACUUGAGCUUCCAGCCGAUCAAAUAUUGACAUUAUUUAAUAUUUGACUAAAUACAGAGUGUAUUUAAACGUUUAUUUAACCAAUGAGUUUAUCAAACCUGAACUUUAUUUCUGGUAGUGACUUUUGGGCCACUCUGUAUAUUCAAUGUGGCUAAAAUGCUGGUGUUAGCCAAUGCAGUAUUGCCAAAUACAAUACAUUCAGCCAUGAAGGUUUGGAUGAAAAAGUCUCAAUUUCACACAAUCUGGCAACGCCGCUUGAAUUUUGGUUCUCUGAAAACUCAAUAUCAAACAGAUUUUAUUCAGAGAAUAGGCAAGCAUAGCAUGGCAUGUCAAGUGUGUGGGAUCUCGAAGUCAGCUGUUCCUUAUCAAAACAUUCCAACAUUUUCAUUAAUGGUUGAGUUCAAAGCCACUGAUCGGUGAGUGAACGUGGUUCUGAACAAACCACUGUUUUGUCGUUGAACGAUGCAUAGACUCACAUGCAGCGCUAGAUUAUUUGGAAUUGGAAUCGGCCAUUAAGGGGACAGCCUGGAAGAUUAUUACAUACUAAAGAUCUUGAAGAUUUUUGUGAUCUAUAAUAUUACAAAAAAUAUAUAUUAUAUAAUAUCAGGCGCUAAAAUACCUCAAUGGAACCUUUAAUUUCAAGUAAGAGCUAGCAUUGGGAAGGCAUAGGUAUUGUGAGUUUAUACCUCUUCAAGGUCUUUGGUCUAACUGAUAAGAAAAAAAAUACGUCAUAUCCGGUUCGUUCACUGAUCAGUUAAUCGUACUUUUCCACCGAUGGAAAAGAACGUAAAUAGAGUAGCUGAACGUAAACAGACAUGGCAAAGCAUUUAAAACUACUCCAAUUACCUGAUGGUUUUCCAUUUUAAUUGAUUACAAUGAAAUAGGUUAAGUUCUAGUUUUGUUUACAAAAUAUGAUCAACAGGGGAACAUCAUCUGUCAGUUAUGACUCAUGAGCAACCGUUCAGCCACAGAAUACACACAAAAUGGAAGGUAUCAAUCUAACCAAGAUUUGAGUGCACCAAGACCACGGCACCUGACUGCAUCAUCUUGUUAGAAAUCAAAACUGCUGCUGUAUUACAAUGCUACACUUUCUUUCGAGAUGGCGGAUUAUGGCGUCAAGAUACUAGCCGACUUUUCAUUCUGUGGUUCAUCUGUGAUCACUAAUCUGUGAUCAGGUUUUUUACUGAACGUAAAAAAAAUCCCGAUGGAAUUGAUCAGUGGCUUUGAACUCAACCAUUCAAUAACCGGCCUUGGGCCGGUUGCAGACCAACUAUCGCAUGUUUAGAUGUGGCAGCGAUUAUUUUGCUUCUGUAGUACCACAAACGCAGCGCAUGUACGGAAUGCAUUGGCAGGCAUGGCAGCCUCCACCAGGAUGAUUAACCUUGGAUGACUUCAAAUUGUUGUGAAACUCGUGAUUUCUUGAUCGAAUCUAGGAUGAAGUUCAUAGAAAAACUUUUGAAUUGUAUGCAAUUUCAAGAAAAUGGUUUGGCUUAUUCUCAGCGCAAUGUUCUUACUAGUCAUAAACCAAAUUAUGAAAAUUCGUUUAAAUAUUUUAAUAUACUCUACCAUAUGAAGAAAAUAAGAACAUAGUUCUUAUAUUUAAAAAAAUAAUAGAAAGGAAAAUAAAAAUCUCAGUACCCUUUUUGAAUAAUUUAAUCACAACAUGUUUCGGACAUUGAUGCCAUUUUCAAGUGAUAUUUUCACUUACAUUUUCUUAUAUUUAUUUCAUGAUCAAAAAAGAGUUUGGGGUACUCAACAGAUUUUGACCUUUAUCGUAUUUACUCUGAGAGUUGGCUUUUAUUCAAAAUGUGUUUUUAUUAGUCUGAUAGAAAUUUACUUAUUAACUUGUUCAAAGAGUAUUUUAUCAAAGCUUGUUUAUUCUGAGAGCAUAUUAAAUAAUAGACUCAUAUUUUAUUAAUGGAAUUGAGGAUCAUCAAAAGAUUAUCCAUUAAGAAAGAGAUUGUAAUCUCUCUUGAAGUGUACCAAAGUCGUUCUUAUUUUGGUAUUCAAUUAAUUUCGAUUAAAAUUUAUUCAAAUUGAAUUUUGUGAUGCCACCACUUAGAAUUUCGAUGUAAUAUAAUAGUUUUUUUUUAUUAAAGUCAUUAUUAUUGGUAAGGAUAAUGUUUCUAGAAAAGUGUGUAGAUAGCUGUUAUCCAAUCAACUGUUGAUUUUUGGAAAUUUUCCUAAUUUGAAAAACUUGACAAAAUGUUAUCAACUUAAUCAGCAGUUGAUACAGAUUGAAACAGUUAUGCUUUUAAUGGCUUUUUUCAAUAUUGGCGAUUUCAAAAAAUAAAGCUCACUCUCACAGUAGAUGAACUUGGUGCUUGUUACUGUAUGUGUUGUGAUAUAAGGCUUUAUGACCGGGUUUUGGUGGUUUGAAAAGGUUUUUAGAUUUGAUGUUACGUGUUUGGUUCUUGAUGUUGCUUGAAGGGUAACUAUACUUAUGGUUUAACCACUGGAGUUUCCUUGAAUUUUCUGAAGUAAAUCUCGUUGUUAUUUCCUCUAUAACUCCAGACUGCUUUGUAGUGAGAAGCUUGUGAUUUGAUGUAAUCUUAUUUGAAAUUAAAUCAUGAUAAUCAUCAUUCGAGACUUUGUAUUUAAUUUUUUUCAGAUUCACAUCCAUAUGACAUCAGUCCAAUUAUUUUUAUAUAUUUUAUUUUUUCUGUUGUCUGAUUCAUGAAACUUUAUUUUUCUUUGAAUAAUAAAUUCAAUUAUUUUUAGUCUAGGAGUACUAUAAGAAGAAAUUUGUUUAAAAAUUGAAUAAAUAACCGAUUUCAGAUAUCCAAACAUAUUCCGUACCAGAUCAAUUUCACCAGAGCUUGGUCAUAAGAGUCAUUUAGUCUUAUAGUUUAACUGUUAAAAGUCUGAUCUAUUAUUAUUAUUAUUUGUUAUAUUCAUUUUAAUAUUAAUUGACCAUUACUAUGUAUGUGUAUUUUGAAAGUAAGUACUCUGCUAUUGAAUGUACAAAUUAUCGUUGAAAUAAUUUUCUAAGCUUCAUUGGAAACCAGAAUCAAUUCUUAAAAGCAUUUAAGAAAAACAAUUGUUAUGAUUACCAUGUAUUGUAGACAUCUCAUGUCGAAUUUAAGACACUUUUCUAUACAUCUAUAUGAUCUGUUUUGAUUUAUAAAUAUUUGCGAUAAAUUAAAGCCAUUUUUGAAUAAUACUCUUUGGAGAGUGAAGACUUGUAAAAUGAGAUUCAGUUUCCGUUUAGUGUGGGGGCACUUCAGUCAGUCAGCUCCUGUUCUGCAGCAUUUGUUUGUUGAAUAGGUCCCAUCUUCUUGCUGAAUGUUUUAUUGGAGCCUUGGUUUUUAGCAACUUCAAUUAAUCAAAGCUUCUUAUACCUUACUUAAAAAUUUGAAAUGGCCUACUAAAUUGUUAAAAUCACUGACUCAAUUUUACUGAAAAUGUAAUUUGAAAUCCGGAAUCACUGACUUUAUUGUAAUGAAAAUGUAAUUUGAAAUCCAGAAACAGAAUUUCCAUUCGUCAAUAUUUAAUUUCUUCAACUGUACUAUCCAUGGAUUACUUAUUUUCGUAAAACAAAAUCAAUACAAUCCUAAUGAAAGAUUUAUUUUACUUCUCCAUUUCCCUAAUACUUGAUCAAUAAUUCUGAUUAGACAGAAUGCGAAUUCAAACCAUAGAUACGAAAAAUGGAUGAAUGAGCUUUGCUAUAUUUACUCAUUACCUGAGUAUACAUUAACUAAUUAUAAUUACAAUAAAUACAAUUGAAUUUUUUAAUUGAGUUUGAUGAAAUUGGUUUUUAUCUUUAUUGAGUGAUUACAAAUUUACAAACCAUUGAUUUUCAACAAAAUUCAAACAAGAAAUGUUUUAGUGAAGUGUAAUUUAUAUGGCUACAGUUCUUCCCUUUCUACUAUACCUAUAUCCAACUAUAUAAUUAUGUCUAUUACAAAGUACUAGAAUUACCAACAAUUUUGUAAUAUUCAAGGAAAUCUAAAACUUGGUUGACAGAAAACUUUUAUUUUACAUGAAAACUUUGGAAUUGCUGUUCUGAAGUGUUCAAUCUGAUCUCAAUUCUGGUAAUUGAUGAGUAAACCAUUAUUAUCUGAGUGUAUUGAACAACUGUGAUACUAUUUAAUCCAUCUAGGAGUGUCAUGACUGCUUUGUUUAAUUUUUGCAAUUAUGUAUUCAUGAGUAUAUAUUUUUAUUAUUUAACAUUAACCUUCUUUAAUUAUAGUUCUAGUUCUAACAAGAUCCUGAUCUAUUCAAGAAAUUUGUUAUUUUAUUUUGAGUUUUAUUUUAUAGUUUAGUGUGUAUGAUCGAUGAUCAUUUUGUAUGUUUGUAUUAUUUUAUUUCAAGUCGACUGCUGGAGCCUAGUUUAGUAUACUUGUCUGUUUAUAAUUUAUGCGGAAGCUAAUCAAUAUUUCUUCACUCGUAGUAAGUAAAUAAUUAUGAUGUUUACCUCUUUUUUAUAAAUAUGAUUGCAAUAUAUUAAUUGGUGUUAAUUGAUAUCACAUCAUUGGUUUAUCAUUUACUUUGGAACGUGGGAUUUUUGUACGUGUUUGACAUCAUCAAUUAUAUAUUAUCACAAUAUUAUUGCACCAAUGAAUUUGAAUGUCGUAUUCAUACAACUUGUAAAAUAUCAAUUACCAUUUAAACAACGCAUUUUGAUUUGUAAAAUAUUAAUUACAAUUUCAAACUUGUCAAAUUUAAAUUACUCUUGAGCUGGGUAUUCUUGAUAGAGGAUACUCUUAUAUUAUUCAACUAUUCAAAGACAAUAAAAUGUUCAAUAAUUUAAAAUUAUUUUUAGAUAUACCUAUCCAAACAACUGUAGCUGAGCAAUAAACUAUAACUCUAUUUGCUCUAUAUAUAGCUGCAAUCCAUUUAAUGCUGCUUUAGCACUUUCCAAUCAAUUUCAGUUCUGCUGACAGAAACCAUGCUAACACUACACUGAGCUCCACUUAUUUAUAUAAAACAGUUUUCAAAAUACAAGGGUACUUUGGAAUUAUUUUUUAUCUUAUUAUAAAUUAUUCAUAUAUUAUUCGGAUAUCACUCAUAUAUUAACUGUCUCUUGAUUUUUAUACUCUCAAAUUGUUUGCAAUUUGCUCAUGCUUACGUAUCACCUCUCAUUAAGAAUGGCAUUGUACUUAAUAAUGUAUUCAUUCAAGUUAAUGGUGAAAUUCUAAUAAUAGUUUUCUGAAAUUGAUAUUUUAAAGUUGUUUGCACUGCAUCAUAAUUCAUUCAUUAAUCUAUACGAUGAUGUAUCAUAAAUCACAAUCAAAACUAAUUCCAAUAUCUUCGCUGGUUCCGACUUCAGUUUUUUUUUGUAAUGUUUGAAUGCUUUAAGCUAUAUAAUGAAAUAUCCGGUUGUUAGGAAAUUAGGUAUUGUAUUCGGUUAUGGAAUUGUUGGAUAUUUCUCUAAUGUUAAAUACUUUCCGUAAAAUUUCCUGUCUCAUAUUAUUGUAAUUAUUGCAAGUUUAUUGAUACGCCUGUUUUGGUACCGGCCGCGUAGGUCUAUAUGUUUGUAAUAUUGUCUUGUAACCUCCCUAAAUGUAACCUCCCCCCUCCAAACUCCACCCAUUGUCAAACUAAACCAUAUUUAAAAUAUUGUCUGUCCAGAGAAAAAUUGUGUUUUGCUAGAUAAGCAUUACUAACAUAACGUUCAGAGAAUAUAAAAUUUAUUGAUGUGA